AUGGACAUCAUCCUGGAACGCCGCACGGAGCCCGACCAGUGCGGCUCGUUCGGGAGCGCGGCCAGUGCCGGCACGACCACCGUCCCCGCCCGCACGCCCACCCCGCGCUGGGGAAGGGUGUUCCCGGGGCGGGCGAAGGGCGGGAAGGGGGACGGGUUAUCGAGAGGGAAAAUCGGCGGCUGUCGGCGCAGAGCGAGCUCGCAUUCCGCGCCGGCAGCUCGGGCUCCUCGUCCGCCCGUGGCCAUGGGGCUGCAGCCCCGGCGCGCCGCGGGGCCCUGCCCGCCCGCGGGAAGGAGCGCCGCCCUGCCCGGAGCGCGCUCCGCUCCUCCCUGGGCCCGCAGCGACGAGCCGGAGGGAACUCCCGGGCGGCCCGCCGCGCUGCCGCCCCUGCUGCCGGCCAUCCUGCCGACCCCCUCCGCUUCCCCCGCUGCCGCCCGGGCGCAGCCCAAGAAGCCGCCGGCGGCCGCCUCGGCCCCCAAGAAAGCAGCACCUCGGCCCGCAGAGGAGAAGGCGGCGAGGAAAGCGCGGGGGGCGCCCCCGGAGCGGCCGGGCCCCCUUUCCAGCUCCUGGCCCUGCUCCUCCCUGCAGCGGCCGCCUCCGCGGAGACCGCCGGCCGAGCGGGCGGCGCGGCCCCAGCCCACCCCGCCGCAGCCGCGGGGCCGCCCGGGGGCGCCGGGGGCGGGCAGCCGCUCCUGCGAGAGCCUCGGCGGGGCGCCGGGCGAGGCGGCGGGGCGCUUCUCGCUGAGCCUGCCCCCGGAGGCCAUCCGGGUGCUGCAGCGCCGCAGCCUGGAGCGGCAGCGGGGGCAGCCCGCACCCUCUCCCGCCGGCAGAGCCGCCCCGGCCCGGCGCGGCGACCUGCGCGCUCUGCUGAAGGUUUCGCUGCUCAACGACCGGCACCGCUACGACGACGAGGAGUACGAGGAGGAGGAGGCGGGGGCCGCGGCGGACGAGGGGCUGGUGCGGAAAUGCACGGAGUGGCUGCGCGGCGUGGAGAGCGCGGCCGGGCGCGACCACCCUGAGCGGCUGGAGACGCUGCCGCACCUGGGCACCCUCUGAGCCCCGCCGGGACCGGGGAGCGGCGCGGCCGGCGGGGGCCGCCCGAGCGGUCGGACCGGGGGGAGCUGGGGCCGCCAUCCGCGAUGUCGUGUUCCGUGUUGUGUUGUCGGCGCCCUGGCAGCGCGGGCGGGUGGCGGCAGGGGCCGAGCAGCGGAGCCCCUGGCCCGGAGCCGAUCCUCGGGGCGCCGCCGCCGCCGGGGCGAGGGACAAAGGAGCGGCGCCGGCCCCCGCCCGCCGGUGCCCGGGUGCUGGGAGGGAGGGCACCGGCUGUGGCCGUCCUGCCUCCACCCUCGCGGGUUUUUUAAAGAUUUCUGACUACUUUAUAAAAUGUGCGUAAUGGUUUUGUAUAUUUGUACAUAAAAGUUCAUUUUUAUUUAUUUGAAUAAAGGACUCUUGUGUUGCGGUAGCCUUCGCGCCUUGGUGGCUUGGCGUUGGGCUGCCCCAGCCUGGCGGUA